CAAAAUAUCUUCCUUACAAUUAUAUAGUCCUUGAACCUUAUCUUAUUUCAUCAUACUUGUAUCAUAUCAUAAAAUCAUUUAUCUUUUCAAGAGAGAGACAGAGAAUGGAGUCUUCAAGCAGGCCAAAUAGAAGUGAUACACACUUGAGUAAAGAGGAAGAAGAGAAAAUAGCCGAAGAAACCAAGGAACAUUUUGAUGGAUUAGCACCAAAACGUCACACUAAGCCUCAAAGAAGCGAGUAUUCUUCCAAUUAUGUUGAUGCUAACAACACUGCUACCUUAAUCCCGGAAUACGUCGAGUUUCAACGGCUUGAAAAUGAUCCUCAGGAGGUUAACGAUGGAAGCCAAGUGAGUGAGGAGUUUACAGAGACAGAUUAUUACAAGGAUCUAAAUUGUGUGGAUAAACAACAUCACACGACAGGAAAAGGGUUCAUCAAGAUGGAAAAUGACAAUGGGGAAAAAUACUACAUUUCCCCUGAUACAGACCUUACUCAUCAUGCUUCUAGCAAGGGAAAUCCAGCAACUAAUGACUGGAUACCAUCUGCAGAUGAUCAGCAGAAUUGGAACUGAAAACAGGCCACUCUUGUUUCUGACAAGCCGAACCGAAGCGACAGUUAAGUCGAAGAUCAGAACUUAUUCAUCACUUGAGCUCAAGAAGUUGCUGCUACUAAAGAGUUCUUGUAAAAGAUUGAAUUAGUAUGAUUUUCUGAUUUAGACAACCACUGUAUGAAAUAAAAAUUCUUAGUAUGGCCAUUUUUGCUACUAGUUGCAAAAUAUAAGUGAAAAAUUUAUUGGCAGACUACCUUCAAGUAGCUCAUCAUGAGAUUUUAUUCGCAAGAUCUGAUAAGUCACAUCUGAUCAAGGGUCAAUUUUGAGGAAUUGAGUAAAUUUCCAUGAUACACCUCAUUGUGUUAGCUAAUAUUUUUGAUGGAAAAUUCACUUUAAUUGCAACAUUUCUCAUAUCUGGUAA